UUUUCACGACAAUAGGUUGAUUUGGAGUGUUGUGUACGAGCCAUUGUCUAUUUCCUCGUCACCCUUGAGUCAUAAUCAAUUUGAUCCUCGGUGCAGAAGCGAAGAUGUACUUUUUGUGGAUCCAAUAUUGCUUAUACGAGUUUGGACAGAUGAUAGUCAUAGUUAUAGGAUUGUGUGUGUUGUUCCUUUAUCUACUGAAAUGGACCAUGUUCGAUCAGUUAUUUCCAACGAUGAGAAAUGUCAACAAAACAACGUCAUCAAAAUACAAGUCUACUCUAGAAACAACAAACCUUGCCCGGGUAGCAAGACUUAUCCUUGGUCCAUGCACAGAUCUGCUGCGUGAUAUUCUCAGAGUGAAAAUCUCACCCUCAAAUCUAUCGAAAACUGUCAAAAUCUGGAUUGAUGAUCUCAAAAAGAACAAAAUAAAGAAUCCUCUAAAUAAACAACAAAUUGUUCUCAUCUUUCCUAUUCCAACCAAACAAUAUGGCGGGGAUUAUUCAGAUUUUGAUAUUAGUUUCCUGUACAUUCUUCUACGUAACGUGUGUAAAAUAACUCCACACAAUAAUGGAUGGGGAGAAGAACCCGAUCCCACGGACAAUAGUGUAUCUGCCAACAUUGAAAGAAUCAGACUGACAAGAAACAGGUACUAUGGACAUGCAGCAGAUUUCUCUCUUUCAGAUGCAGAUUUUAAACAGGAAUGGCGAAACAUUUACAAUAUUACCGUUGAGUUAGAACACCACUUUGGAACUUCCACUGUUUACCAUGAUGCUGUGAACGAUAUAAGAACAUGUUCUAUGGAUCCAGAAAUAGAAGCCAGAUACAUCGAUAAACUUUUACUCAUUGAUGAAUUGUGUGAAACGGUUAAAAGUCACACAGGUGAAUUUACUUGUCUUCAUGAAGUACAAUUAAAACAAUGGAGAGAAGAAGAUGAGGUUUACAGUAAAACUCACACUUUCCAUGCCAUGCUGAAUAAAGUCAGAGGACAAACUUAUAUGACAUUUGUUGGAGUCCCAGGGUCUGGAAAAUCAGCAACGAUUCAUCACAUAGCCCUGAUCCUCCAGGAGGAAGGAUAUGAAGUUGUUCCUAUUAAAGAUAUCAACAAGAUUGAGGAUUAUUCUGACUUUCGUAAACCACAGGUUUUUGUCAUUGAUGAUGUGGUAGGUGUGUUGGGUCUUCAAAAACAAAAGUUAGAGGCUUUAAUUUACUAUAAAAAACUUAUUUCUGAUCCCUUUAAUAAAAGUACAAAGGUUUUGAUGUCAUGUCGGGAAGCAGUAUUUAAUGAAUGUUACAAAUCAUUUUUCUUGAAAGAGGAAUGUGUGAUCAAAAUGUGUAGUCUGAAUGAUGAUGACAAAAAAAAUAUGCUUCAGACACACGGCUUAGAUAAAGAUUUGUUGGCCCCUACAUUACUGAGAGAAGUAUCUGCAAUGUUUCCUCUGUUGUGUAAACUUUAUUCAAAAGAUGUGAAAUUUAAACAAAAUGUUGAAAGGUUCUUUACUUGUCCAACUGAGUACAUUUUAGGGGAAUUUGACAAAAUGCUAGAACAAAAUAAAUUACAGUAUGCUACGUUGGUCUUAUGCCUGUUAAAUGAUAAUAAAUUAUCCAAAAAAAUAUUAAAAGAUACAGGGAAUAAGGUUUUCUGCCAAAUGAAAUCAGACGUACUAGAAAGUUUAAAAGUUAAGAGUUGCACAGACGCGUUCAAAUUUUAUGAUACAUUAUUAGUAAUGGAGGGGACUUACACAAAAGUCUGCGGUACUGAGUAUACAUUUGUUCACGACUCAAUGUUUGAAAUCAUAGCUUAUCAUUUUGGUUCCAAGUUCCCAGAUCUCAUUUUACAAUUUAUGAGUAGCAGUUAUAUUGCUAACUAUGUAAAGCUCCAAAAAGAUGAAAUGAUUAGAUUAGAGAAUGAAAAUUAUCAAGCGAGUGAAAAUUUUGAAAUCAAUGGCGGGAGAAAACAGGAAAUAAACGUCGCUUGUUCUCAAAAUGGAGACAAUGGAGCUUUUGAUGGUGAAAACAGGGAUGGCAUGGAGACAUUUGAUCUCUAUAUAAGGUUAGGAGAGGAUCUGUAUUCCAUGUUAGCAGAGCGUUUGUACAGGGAUAUAGAAAAUAUGGAGCUGUAUGAUGUUUUUAUGAACAAUAUUUUAAAAGACCCCUGUGUUUGUCAGGCCUUUAUUGAGGUGUUGGAGACAAAGUCUUACACAAAGUUAAGGUCUUUAUUUCUGUCAGUGCAGAAGGAUGUGUCUAAGGUAGUGAGUAAAGGGGAGCGUGUGAGUGAGGAGAGUGAGGAGAGGAAUGACAGGAGAUGGGAGUGGAGCAGACAGAAGGUCCUGGUGAAUGAGAAGUGUGAUAAAACAGAAAUAACUUACAGUGUAAGGGUUAUCAGUUGGGUAGUUUACUACGGACACAAAAAGAUUUUACAAUAUAUUUUAGAGCAAACUGAGUUACACAAAGAAACGCAGUCUGAUCUCCUUUUGAUUUUAUUUAAUCAGGAUUUAAUUUUUCCAACCAAACAUGGGGAAAAGAACAUUGAAGCAAACAAUAUAAUAGAGAAAUUUCAGUUCCACUGAUAGCAGCGUGUAAAGGUGGAUAUAUGAAUAUUGUGAAGGAGUUGCUCGGAGCAGGGGCAGAUAUUAAUCAUCAAGGUGUAUCUAGUACACCAAUGACAGCAGCAUGUGUAGGUGGAUAUAUAAGUUUGGUGAAGGAGCUGGUGAGGGCAGGUACUGAUGCCAACAUUUCAAGUCUUGGUGUUGAAGAUACACCACUGACAGCAGCAUGUAAGGGUGGAUAUAUAGAUAUAAUGAAGGAACUGGUAAAGUCAGGGCUAAUGUCAACUUUAAAGGUACUAGUGUUUAUGUUACACCACUGAAGC